CCCCCAUGAAGUGCGCCACACAUUAUCUUUGGCUGAUCAUCUCCUUUCCCUCCCUCAUCACCAUAUCUGUCACCAGAACACAAUAACAACCAGCCCAGCUAAGACAAGGAGGGCCGGACUUCUUUAUUAGCCCUCCGAGCUGCCGGACGACACCAGCCUCACCGCUGUCCACCAUGAUUCUCUACCUGCUCUUCCCUGCUCUUAUGCUUGGUUUUGUGGAACUACAACCAGCCAAUAUAACAGAGGAAGUUGGGAUGAACCAGACAUUCAGUGUGUCCACAAACGACAACAGUUCCAUGAAAUCAAACACAUCCAGUUUUAAGGAGACUAGACUUCAAAGCAACCAAACAUCUGAUCGUAUCCCACAUGAUAAUGAGAAUUUGACCCUGACCCUAUUGGGUUUCUACCAUCAUUACUGUGGCGGCGAAUUUCACAAGCACAUGACGAGAAUCGGCUCGGACCACUGGUGCAUCCUGGAAGACGUCAUCAGAUCUUACAGUCAGCUGACCGAUUGCUUGGAGAAUCUGACUCGUGUAUUGUCCUACUUCUUCCCGAACACACAAAGCCAAGAGUUCUUUCUCCACAUCCACUCCACCUACUUCCAGAACUGCACAAACAGCGAGCUGCUGCUGGAGGACGCUCCUCAUGGUGUGGUGAUCGCCCUCACCCUCAUCCCUGUGAGCUUGAUCCCUUUGCUGGUGUAUCUGGUGGUUUGGAAGAGUAAAGUACAGUCUGGUUAGAUGUGCACCAAGCUCUGCGUCUUUUGCAGGAAACCAGACAUAAAUGUAAGUCUAGUGAAAAUAUAAGGCAUUUAUGUUUGAUGGGGUGACUGAUUCUGUUUUAUACAGUAAAUAUGAAGUCAGGUUAGCAUAGGUAGCAUAAAGAUAGCAUAAAGUCUGGAAAGAGAGAUGAUUUUCUUUUUCUUAUUUUAGCAUUUACUUCCACGAUUUGAAAGGAAGACCGCGAUUCCACCAGUAUAUUGUGGAACUAGUAAUCUAUGUCCAUACAUUUAACUGACAUUAACACUGUGGACUAGAGGUUAGAGAAGAGGCUUGUAACCAAAUUCCUUGUAUGUGUGCACAUAAUAUAUGUGGCAAAUAAAGCAGAUUUGUCUUAUUCA